AUGGAACAAUUUCUUGCAAGACAAAUGGACAAAUCAAAAGGCAAGCCUAGCAUUGUCAAUUCCUCUACUAUAAUCAAGUUAAUUAGUAAUGAUGGCCACACAUUCUAUGUUAAUAAAGAUGUGAUUGCCAUUAGCAAGCAUUUGAAUAAUAUUGUGAACAGUGGAUUUAGAGAGGGUGAUAGCAAGGAAAUUUCCUUAGAUAUUAAUGCAGAGAUACUUGAAAUAUGUGUCAAAUAUCUUCAUUACAAGUUAAUAUACAGAAAAGUUAGCUUCGCCAGACCACCCUUCCCAAUUGAACCAAAGAUAGCUCUAGAUGUUCUUAAAGCAGCAAUAUAUCUUUAAUGUUGA